AUGGCCGCCUCGACCGCCGCCGUGCUGUCCCCGCCCACCGUGGCCGGGCUCCGCCUGGCGCCGUCCCCGCGCGCGGCCGUCUCGUUCCGGACGGCCUCGUCGUCGGCGGCGAGGCGGUCCGUGGCGGCGCGGGCGGCGCUGGAGCCGUCGGUGGUGAUCAGCCUCAGCACGGGGCUGUCGCUGGUGAUGGGCCGCUUCGUCUUCUUCAACUUCCAGCGGGAGAACGUGGCGAAGCAGGUCCCCGAGCAGAACGGCAAGACCCACUUCGAGGCCGGCGACGAGCGCGCCAAGGAGUUCGCCGGCAUCCUCAAGUCCAACGACCCCGUCGGCUUCAACCUCGUCGACGUCCUCGCCUGGGGCUCCAUCGGCCACAUCGUCGCCUACUACAUCCUCGCCACCACCAGCAACGGAUACGACCCACCCUUCUUCGGCUGA